AUGGAGAAGUGGUCGGCGCAAGGUCGGGCGGCAAUCCAAGAUGCAUUGGACGCAUUGCGUGAGACAGUUGGUGAGCAACUGGAUAACGAGGUCGAGCAAAGGCUGAAAGAGGACGAUCGAUCACGCGCAUUCCUCACAGAUGAGCUUGAAAUAUUGAGGUCUCGCUCUGCCGAAGUUGAUCGGUUAGAGGAGGAAAACCGGAAGCUGAGGACGAAGCUCCUCCAAUUCCACCAGCAAAAUCGAUCCGUUGAGUCGUCUCGAGGUAGCUCCCGCCCGAGUUAUGUCACCAGCGACCAAGCCACCAACACAGACUUUGCGCCAGCAGAGACUCCUGACAAUGGAGGUGAUCUAGAGAAUGUGCUGCGGGAAAGCCAUAAGCUACGUCGGAAAUAUAAUGCUCUGGACCAGAACUUCAGGAUCCUGAAAGCAGAGUUCAAUAAGCGGAGGGACGAGAGGAAGGAGGAGAACAAGAAAUGGGAAGACUAUGCGACAAGUUUGGAAGCCAAGAUAAGAUAUCUGGAGCAACGUCGAGGCGAUGCUGAUGCUGCGGCGCCCUCGGCAGAAGCGCUCCCAGAACAAAGGAGGCCUCACGCGCGUUCAGCUACGAGCUUUGCGUCAGAUCCUGAAGUUGGAGCAACAACAACGCUCAACAACCCGUGGAUUUUGCGACAAUCUUCUGCCGAAAUAGCUCCCGUGCAAUCAGAUGGCAUAGAGACUCAGAAUCUGCCUGCGACAUACCCGACGGAGGGGGAGACGACAGAGGGUAAUAAGGAGGCCGAUGAGAUUACUCUCCCACCAAUGAGACAGAACGCCAAGACAGAUUCGGAUAUUCGCAUCAAACCAGAGCCCUCUUCCGACGGCCCUGUCAUCAUCUCGGAGCGCCUUGUAGGCAAGAGAAAGCAUCCUGAUGAUUCCUCUGCGGAACAAGGAGAGCGACGCAGGAUAAAGAUGGAGAGCUCGAAUCUUACUGCGGGUCCUGUCACCAGUCAGCUUCAGGAAGAAAGUAUGGAUCUGGAUGAGGUUGGUCAGAGACUAAACACACCACGAAAGAAUAGGUUAUUGGCCAACAAUCUGGCCACGCCUGGUCAAAUGGACACGGAGAGAGCCCAGACAGCCGCGCCCGUCUUUGUCAGGCCUGACAACACCAAUGCGCCGACAAGUAGGACACACGACUCAACAGUGGUUCUGACACCGGUCAAUCCUAAUGCUCGUCCGGUGCGCCCAUAUGAGUUGAAUCCCGUGGAAAAACCAACAAGGAAGGGUCUCGCCCAAGGCAUAAGGAACCUGGCUGAGGAUGGAAUUGUCUACGAUAAAACAGGCCAUGGAGAGCCGGCAGGGCUAUUCCGCACUCCGCAACCUCCUGGCCGCUUGAGCACGCUGUUGAACGCACCGUCUCCAGAGAAGACUCCUGCCAUAGUACGGUCAGCACCCCGUCUCAGGGAUACCGGUCGAAUGGCGGAAGAUGGACCCCAAUUUCCCGAGCGUCGGGAGCUCCCAUUCAACAAGGAGCGCCGCGGUAGGUCAAAAGAAUCCCCACCUGUCGGCCGAAUGGAGCAAGGAGAGAACGCGGAGCCUGCCACAGCCCGCGGGCAGUCCCGAAAUAGUGCGACGGCCGGCCCACAGCUGCUACCCACGAGUGCGUCACUGCGGUCAAAGCCUGCUGCCUCUCUGCGUCUCGAGGACUUCAAGGUCAAUCCGAAGUUCAACGGCGGUUCCGACUAUGCAUAUUCAGAGGUAGUUAGGAACAGAGAUGACAGAGCCUGCUUGCCUGGUUGUACGGACAUGAGUUGUUGUGGUCCACAAUUCCGCGCUAUGGCUUUAGCCCAAAGAAACAACGUCGAACGCACUCCGGUAUCAGACACCAAGUUAUUCGAAGAUUAUCUUGGUGACAGAAUCACCAUCAUUUUGGGGAUGUCCAAGGCAGAGAAAGAAGACCUGUGGAUAGAGGCUAAAACAUGGCAACUUGCUAAUGAGUUGGGCAAACAUCGUCACCGAUACGCUCGAAGGCCUUCUCCUCCGGGUUUUUGGAACGCGGAUUUUCCUACUACGCAGGAGGAUCAGGCUGAGACGGCAGAAGUUGAAAAGAGGGAGAAACAAAUGAUCCAAGAACGGUAUCGAGAAGCGAUGAGAGGAAGAGGCCGCUGGAUUUUCAAGGAUGAGUGA